AGUAUUGGAGUUUACCCUAUAAAUAGCUGAUAAUUGUGGUGCAGUGGACAAAUUAAAGCAGUGAUAGUGAGAAAGGGAGAUUUAAUUUGUUGAGAUGGCAGAAAUACGAAAUUUGCCUACGUAUGUUGCUCUUCAAGCAACACAUGGUGUAGCUCCAUUCAAAUACAUGGGAGUUAUAGAUGAUGGAAGUGAAUAUCAAGAUUAUGUUGCCUACUCUACAAGUAAAGUAGUGAGCCAACAAGCCAAAUUUGCAGUUGAAUUUACUACAAAUGGUAAUGCUCACAUAAGAUCAUGUUACAAUAACAAAUACUGGGUCAGGUCAUCGGCUACUGAAAACUGGAUAGUCGCCAAAGCUACUGAACCCGUGGAAGAUUUGACGGCAUGGAACUGUACUUUAUUCAAGACUGUAGUAAGUGGUGAUGGUAAUUCUGUUACAUUUGUUCAUGUUCAGCUGGGAAAAACAGUUGGGAGACGGGAUAGUGCUCCAGAUCGUAACAUGUACUUGUGUUUGGAGCCUCUUGCUACCACUCCAGCCGUAUCCAAAGUGGUGGAUUACGGAUCACUAGUUAUACUUCCUAAAUACCUGACAUUUAAGGGAAACAAUGGAAAAUUCCUGGUUGAUUCUGGUGGUAUCCUCUGGCUUUUGAGUUUUGUCUGA